GCCUUAUGGCGCUAAUGCAGUGACAGGAGGAGUUAUAUGUUUAAUGAUUAACCUCGGACUUUCACUGUACAGCAAAGGCAUCUCCCCAGACAAAGCUUGUACCAAAGUGAGCGCCGGAUUGCUGUCUCUGGUCUGCGAUUGCGCGGUGUCUGUCAGGGUAUUAGAGCUUCAUCCCUUUAAGUUCUUCUUACAGCUCAAACUCUGUUCACGCUCGGGGAUGUUUGCCAGGUUAAAUGUAAAACUGCGUCCUGCGCGCAGACAGGCUCAGCUGUCAUGGAGACACAGGACGCAGAUCCGCGGCCGUUCAGACACAUCUGCAACUUUCCACUUACACGAGGACUGCCUCGAGCUGAGCUAUGGAGGGACACCGAUGCGCUUCAACUACGUGUGGCUGCGGGACCACUGCCGCUCUGCAGCUUCUUACAGCUCCGACACCCACCAGAGGAACGUGGACACCGGCAGCAUCGAGCUCUCUAUCCGGCCUGACAGGACCACAGUGGAGGAUGGACAUCUGGUCCUCACCUGGCCUGAUGGUCACUUGUCAAAAUACAGCCUCAGCUGGUUAGCUGAGAACAGCUAUGAAGUAAAGAAGCAGAGCGCUGUACAGCCGCGCAUUCUUUGGAACUCAGACAUCUAUAAAAAGGCAGACAUGCCGUCAGCCAAGUACAACAAGUUUAUGAGCAGCGAUGAUGAGCUGAAGAAGUUUCUUCAGCACUAUCUUCAGUAUGGGAUCGCGUUUGUGGACGAUGUUCCUGCUACAGUGGAGGCCACAGAGGAAGUUACCAAGAGGGUCAGUCUUAUCAGAGAGACAACGUAUGGCAGAAUGUGGUGCUUUACUUCAGAUUUUUCCAGAGGAGACUCUGCUUACAGCCAGCUGGCCUUGGACCGUCACACUGACACCUCAUACUUUCAGGAACCAUGUGGAAUCCAGGUUUUCCACUGUCUGAAGCAUGAGGGAUCUGGGGGAAGGACACUACUUGUGGAUGGGUUCUAUGCUGCAGAAAAACUGCGGCAGAAGUCGCCUGAAAACUUUGAGCUGCUUGCUACUGUACCCAUCAGGCACGAGUACAUCGAAGAAACCGAGGGCCAUCGGAACCACAUAACGGGCAUUGGCCCCGUGCUCAACGUCUAUCCUUGGAACAAUGAAGUUUACCUGAUGCGGUACAACAACUAUGACCGAGGAGUGUUAAACACAAUCCCCCAUGACACAGUUCAGAGAUGGUAUGUGGCUCAUCGAGAGCUGACGGCAGAACUGAGGCGUCCAGAGAACGAGCUGUGGGUGAAACUGACUCCAGGGAAAGUGAUUUUUGUAGACAACUGGCGUGUCUUGCAUGGAAGGGAGUCUUUCACCGGCUUGAGGCAGAUCUGUGGAUGUUAUCUGACCAGAGACGACGUCAUCAACACUGCUCGCUGUCUGGGUCUGCAGGCUCUGUCCUGAACAUGAAGGUCCCUUCACUUCUCUGCCUUAUCAGUCUACCUAUAAUAUAGGUUUCCAAAAACACCAUCAGGUUAAUUGAUAAUUCUAAAAUUGCCCCUAAGUGUGAAUGUGAGUGUGUUUGUCUGUCUCUAUAUGUAGCCCUGUGAUAAACUGGUGACCUGUCCAGGGUGUUCUCUGCCUUCACCCUAAGUCAGCUGGGAUAGCCUGGAGUCUACCUCCUUAAAAAGCUUGCUCUUCUUGAGCUUGUACAAUCACCUGUAAUGAUGUAUGCAAGAAUAGGAUUGCACCAAAAGCACUAAAAUUAAACUUCAGACAGAGGAUGACUUGCUAAGUGUGAACUGUCUCUAAAUUUGAUCAGACAUCCCCCCUAAAAACCUUCUGUGUGAUUUCUGCUGUGGCUGUUGCACAGUAUAGCAGUGUUGACAGAAAAUGAAUAAUUCAAGCAAAUUACAUUGGAUUUUUUUUUAAGCUAAGGUCUAAUCAUGAGGUGGGGUUGUAGACUUCCUGUUUGACUCCAUAAAGAUGUCCAGCAGCUGCUCUUUAAUAUUUCCCAGUUAAAGGAAGCAUAUUGGAGGUGUCUGUGCUGCUGUCACAUUUGCCAAACAGUCAUCAAUUUAUGGUUACUAGCUUUGGCACAGGCAGCACAGUCAGGUUUAAAUGUACUGCUGGGUUAAAGAAGGAGCUGUGUAAUAUUUGCUUUUUCUAAUGAGAAAAUAAAUAUUGUUGGCAUGACUCUACAAAAUGCUCAUAUUUCAUCUGCAGAUGCGAAUAAAGGUGGUGAUCAAGCCGA